AUGGGCUACCGCGUCUACCUGACGACGCUCCUCUGGGUGCUGAUGUUCGUCGUCGCCGCCUAUGCGUUCAAGGAGGAGAACACCGCAAAGAAGGACGACGCUGCAGAUUUGGUGUUCGUGCUCACCGUCAUCAUAGGAUUUUGUUGCACCACCGGUCUGCCCAUUUGCAUCGUCAUUGGCCUCAUCAUCGUGUGCGUCGUGAAGAAGAAGGACGGUGGCAACAGGUAUCCGGCUGCAGCGGCGGCUCCAACGGCUCCAUCCCCCGGCCCG